AAAUUACUAGUGUAAAUUAUACGAGUAAUUUACGCUUUGGUUUUCACCGUCACAUUUUCAACGUCUCUGGAUGGAGAUAGAGACGAGGUCUGGGCAUAUGCCCUUUGACCCUUUACCUCCUGAUAAAGCCGAAUCUAUUUUCAAACUGAAAUCUACUUGGUGCAAAAAAUACCUUAUAAUGUCUUUUGAUAAAAACAUGACUUCAAAGACUUUUAACGAUUUCAGCCCCUUUAAAAUAUGUAAAUUCGUUAAGAGCUUCUGCCCACAAACCUCCUUAAAAUUUCUAAAAAACGGAUCAAUCUUACUCGAUGUUGAUAAGGAAAAAGAUUUUAUUAAUCUCCAAAAUAUAAAAACGUACGACACUUUACCUAUUAUUUUUGAACUACACAAAUCUCUUAACUUCUCACGAGGUGUUAUUUCUGUGAGGGAACUUAUCAACUGUGAGACCACCGAAAUCUUAGCAGAAUUAAAAUCCCAAGGCGUCUCAAAUAUUAGACGUAUAUUUAAAACUGUAAAUAAAGUGAAAAUCCCUACCGCAACCCUUAUCAUUACGUUUGAAAGACCAACCCUACCGGAAGAAAUAGUCUUAGAUUUUCUAAAAGUUAAAGUACGGCCAUACGAACCAAACCCACUGCUUUGUUUUUCGUGUUUCCGCUACCGACACAUCAAAAAUUUCUGUAAAAUAGUUAACUGCGGCAAAUGCGGAGAAAAUUCUCACGAUACUGCUAACUGCCCAAAUCCCCCUCACUGCCUAAAUUGUUCCGGAUCACACGCAGCAUACGAUAAAAGCUGCUCAGUAUAUAUUAGGGAAAAAGAAAUAGAAAAGAUACGCUGCUCUGAAAAAGUAUCAUUUAAUCAAGCUGAAAACAUUUUGAAAAAACGGGAAGCACAACUACAAAAAUCUGUCACCUACGCUCAAAUUACGUGUACAAACAACCAGAAUAACACCUCGCAGCACUGCAGUACUCAUAAAAUAAACGAACAUAUCUCGAACUCCAAUUCUAAUAAUAAGCAAAGUACAGAUAAACACGCUGAACAAACAUCUGCACCAGGAAACAUUGAAAAUCUGAGCUUACAAAUUACCAAACUUAGCAAUGCAAUAGAAUUUAUUAUUAAAAAAAUAAACCUCCUCGAAAACCAAGGAAAUGCUAGGGAAAACAAACAUGUAAUAAUAAAAAUGCCACCUCAAAGUGGCUCCACACAAACACAAAACUUAAAACCCCUGACCUUAAAACAUUUAACUGACUCCCGAACAACAAUAAAACGAGACAGACCCGCCUCUCAAGAAUCCACCUACAGUAAUGGCAGCACAACCCUAAAAAGCACUACUGACACGAAAACUGGACCUAAAACGAAUAGCACUGAAUUAAACAAAACCAAAAAACAUGCUAAAAUGAAUCAAAGCUAACUAUAAAAACUAUACCUUUGUAAAACCCUAGACACAAUGUAACUACUUACUGUUAAUCUUAUUAUAAAAUGAGAAACAUAUCUUCAAA